UGUAUCAUUUCUGCACUACAAAGAAUUGCAAAACUAAAUAUUUUUGCUCAGUUGUGUCUAUGCACUAAUCUGUAAUAGAAGAAAAUAUUUAAACAUCCAAAUGUACACAAAAUACUCAUUUCAUCUCCAAAAAAGAGAGAUCUAACCCUCAAAAAUCAUGGUUUUCCCAUCAAAGGCUCAAAGGGAUUCAGUGCUGCCCUGGACACCGAAUGGCCUGCAUUGUUUUGUACUCAUGUGUCAGUUUAUUUUGUCCCUUUGCGACAGAUCUUAAGGCAGCGCUGUUGUCCUUUUAAAUUAAGCUUCUCCAUAUGCAUAGGGAGAGAACGUUGGCAACGGAGGAAAAAAGUGCCAUGGCGGGGAGUCUAAUCAUGUGACAGACUGCUGAGCGGGCUCAAAACACAAGCUGUCCAUCAGCGAUAGAUCAGAAGCGUCACGGUGGAUCUAGCAGAUUGAGUGAGUCAUUUUUUUCACGUAUGUUAAAAUGAAGUUCUCAAACGUUCUGAACUGAAAUAACUCUGGCCACCAGGAUCGUAGAUUUCAUGCUUGUUUAAUAACCGUCAUAAGAGAAGGUGGCAUUUCUCUUUCAUCCAGCAUGUAAGUGCGUCUUUCUUAGCGUCUGUAACGAAGUAAUUCUGUAGUCAGUGCCAUUUGUGUCUCCUAACACUGAGCCUUCGUGUGCUAGCAGUCAAAACAUCACUUUAUUGGUAUUGAGAUCCAUUUCGUCUAACCAUUCACAGGUGGACAGCACUGAAUAGGUGUAAACAGGAUCCAAACACUUUGUGAACCUAUAAAUCAUAUUUUAAAUGCAUGUGACUAAACCACAUUUGUAAUGUUAGCACUAUUUAAUGUGCCCAGACAGCAGUGAAGCACUGCCUACUCACUACUACACUAAAGGUUUUAAAAGAAAUUAACCUUAACCUUAUUUAAUACCGGUAAACUGAGAAUAACUGAGAAUUAAACUCAUUUGAGAAGCAUUUUAUUAGCAGGUGAGACAUGAUCUGUCUUGUCUGAGCACUUGUGAUCGGGUCAAACAAGGUGUCAUUUAAACUGACCUAUAUUCACAGUGCAUAUAACCAGAAGACAGACGGUACUGGUGCACAUGACACUAUUUGAUUGACCUUUUGUGUUCCCCAGCCUGCUUUAAUGAGUUACAGGAUCCACUUUGUUCCAGCACUGAGCCGCUUCCCUCCUCCCGUCCCUGCAGAGGCCUCUCUUUUACAACCUCAGGUGCUUCUGGAUGCACUUAGUGCUCACUGUACGUCACCUGGGAAUGCAUGGGGUCAAACCUCGCCUGACCUCUCACUGGUCUCUGUGCUCACACAGCCAAAAAAAGAAAGAACAAGGUCCAUUUUCCACACAUUUUACUCGUUUUCAAGUGUUUCAAGACGCACUCGUGAUGUUGACACUCCAGAGCGUCUUUAACUUUAAUCGAAAUGCCACGAGCGUGAAAGUCAUCAGGCUGUCAUCUGCGCGUGGCCAUGACCGGCAUGAUAAAGAACCGGACGGUUUUUCGGCGAGGAAAACGGCUAAUGGGCGAAGGAUGAGGAGAAAAACAAUAGCAAAGCGCAUCCUGUACAGUGGAUACGAGGCAUACGAAGAGACACCCGAAGAAACCGGCGCGAGGGCGAAGCACGUCUUCAGUCAAGAGCCGGCGAAGAGGAGAAAAUGGAGAGAACUAAAUGGAGAGGACAUCUCAUCUUGCAAUGCUGACUAUGUUAAGUUCAAAACAAAGGCUUUUGAGGUUGACAAGCCCCUUGGAGAUGCAACAAGGGAUGCAGAUUUUACUAUGGAGGUGCUCGGAAGCCUCCAAUCACGUUCAAGGGCGGAGCUUAUCGCCAUGGUGUUGAGUAUGCAGAGGGAGAUGGACAGCCUCCGAGAACAAAUCAGAAGCUUUACAGCAUGUGGGAAGUUGGCUCAGACACUUGAAGAGCUGAUCGAGAAGAGUGAUAAAUGGCUGUGUGGCAGCCAUGAAGCUGCAACUCCCAGCAUUCCAGAGGAGCUCGAGAGAAGCAAGCCACCCAGUCACAUUUCUCCUCCAAGGGUGCUUAGUGGAAGAACAGCUGUAUGUGCAAGUUCAGAGCAGCAGGGGUGUGGUCAGUAUGAGGUCACACAAACAAUGCCUCAAAGGAAUGGAACGCUUCCCGAACAAAUAGUUAUCACUGCUGAUCUCCUGGAGCACUGCAACACAGGGACCACGGCUCAGAAGCUCACAAAUGACCUGCUGCGCAGCCUCUAUGACAGAGACUGUCUGGCCUCUCACUCAAUCUCAGGCAUCGUCAACAGCAAGCGAGGGAUGCCUAAGCCAGCUCUUCCAGCACUUGAGAUCCAGGCCAUUCUGAGUACGUAUAAGGGACUGUUUGUAACAAGUACUGCACGGGACAGUGCAGCGGUUCUUCCCUGGAAAGACUGAUUCAGAAAUAAAGUGCUACAUACGACAGAAGCUUCAGAAUGAGGCCAAGAGACUCCGGAAAAGGCCACACCCAGUUGAUGAUCCAUUGGUGGGCUCGUUUGACAAGUAGAGAGCGAUGUUUGAGCAUUGAGUGUUGACUUCCAUUGGACAACCCCAACGUAGUUAAUUGAAGAAUUUAAAAUCAAAUUUAACGGAACAAAAUUCUGUUAUUAACCUUAAAGGGAUAGUUCAGAAAAAGUUCUGUCAUCAUUUACUUAAUUUUCAUUUAUUGCGGUUCCAAACCAAUAGGCAUACA